AUGAUCUUUAAUUUUGGAAUUAAUGUUUUUACUUUUAUUAUUUAAAGAAAAUGGAUCAACCUUAACUUGCAAAUUAUUAUAUCAUUUUUAAUGUAUCCUUUAAAGAAAAUUGAGCAUCAAUCAUUUCAUAACUUUAGCUAUACUAACUUAAUUUGGAUCAUUACUAAAUUAUUACUUUGCUAAAUCCCUUCUUUAAUAUCUAAAUCAGAUAAUAUUACAAUCUGGGGUUUAUUGAUAAAAAAAAGGGUACAAUUAUUUUUCAACGGCUUCAAGUAUGUUUGAUGAAGAAAGAUCAACCAAGAUGAAUCUCCUUCGAAUGUCAAAAUGGAAGCUGUACUUACGCAGAAGGAUUAAAAAAUUCAUUGAUUUAAAGUAUUCAAUUCAAAGUUCAAUCCGGAAAUAGGAGUAUAACUUGAAAUACGAUUCAAUAUAAAAUUUGUGAUACUGGAAUUUGCAACCAGGAUAGAGAUGCUUGGAGAAGUGGGUUUAAUUGCAGUUGCAAAUCAAGGAUAGGAUAAUGCUAGUUAACUUAAUGGGACAAGAAUGGAUAAAGAGUGGGAAACGCUUCAGGUAGGGUUAAAUUGGUCAUAUCAGCAUUGAAUAUUAAUAAAUGAUAAUUAUUUUUAAUUACCUAAUCUCAAUCGUGCUAUGUGAAUUUCAAAAUGGGUAUUAUAUAGAUAAGAAUGAGACAAUAAAAAUAUUUCACGGACUCAAUCUUAAUGAUUAUCCUUUAACAAAAAUAAGCGACGAUGAUUUAAUUGCACUUUCAAAAAGUGGAUUCAAUCUUCUAAGAAUUUCUGUUUUCCUUGAUCAACUAAUCCCUUAAAAGCCUACAUCUCAAAACAACGUAACUUACAAUUAAACAUAUUUAACUGAUUUGGAACACAUUGUUUAAUAAGCGAAGAAAAAUAAUUUUUCUGUUAUUUUGGUUGCAGAUCAUGUAUUGCUGAGCAAACAAUUCUGUGGAUAUGGAUUUCCAGAUUGGGCAAUUCAAAGGACAAACUUUCCAGUUCCUUAUGAUAAUUAUGGGAAAAUAAAAUUUGAUCUGUAUCCCAACAAAGAUUAAUGCUCCACGAAUUUUGAUUCAUUCCUUAAAACUGACGAUGUGGGCAACAAUUUCGAAAGCCUGUACAAGAACGCAAACAACUUAACUGAAUACUUUGGCUUAUUUUGGUAAAAGAUAGCUGAAAAGAUGAAGAAUGAGGAGAAUGUCAUUGGGUACGACCUUCUGAACAACCCACAAUGCGGUAAUUAUCAUAGGACGUACUAUUAAUGCAUAUGGCCAGGGUGGAACAAUAGACAAUUGAUAAUGCCAUUCUAUUAGAAGGUGAAUUCGUACAUAAGGGAAGUGGAGAAAUCGAAAAUUGUAUUCUAUUAGACACAAGACACAGAUUUUAUAGGGUCAGGAUUCGAUGACAAUAUCAAUGGAAAUGAAUAUCGCAAGAAAGAGGCCUACAGUUAUAGAAUCAACUACAAAUCGGAUUACUUCAAGGAAUUAGCAACAAAUCUGAACUAUUAUUCCAUGUGGCUGGAAAUUCACGUCGGUAAACAUGCCUAAGUUUCAACAUUCUUGUCUGAAUUCAGUGGCACUGAUGAAUAUCUGUUAAACCGAUUACUCAAUUAUGCAGAUUAUUUCCAAUCCUCUUGGUAAGAUAUUGUGUUUAUAUUGAAGGACAUACAAGGGAAGCAUAUAGCAAGCACUGAAGUUGGAUGCAUUAAAAAGACCGUAUGCUUAAUCCAUUUGUGCAGAAUAAGUUUUCCAUCAUCAAUACGAUUCAAUCAAUCAAGUAUUUAAAUUGUAAUUCAAAUUCAAAAGUGCCUGCUCCACACUUUUGUUUCUGCCUUACGAUUACGGAUAUUCGUGUAGCAAUUGCAUUUUGAGAUAGUACGACAAACGAAUCUUCGAGAUCAAACUGACAAUAAGUAAUUAGCAAUAACAGCAGGUGAAUAUAAUCAUAUGGAGGAAAAAAGUGUGAUAUUCAUUAAUAUAUAUGGG